AUGCAUCACAAAAGUGGCACCACCCAGCCUAACCAUCAGCAGGGCAUGUUGUCACAUAAUUUAGUCGGCUACACUUCGCCAUCGAUACCGCCCCCGCACCACAACUCGAUGAUCUCGAUGUAUGGUUCCGAUGUCGGUUGCGAAAAGGGCGCAAUGAUGGAUGACCAUCAAAGCACAAGGUCUUCGGAGCCCGAAACGGGCAAAGAAGAUGGCUCGCAGCCUUCCGGUGAUGGGGACUCCUUUUCCAGACCGCGCGGAAUCAACAGUUCUAAACGGGCUGCGCAGAACCGGGCCGCUCAGCGGGCAUUCAGGCUUCGCAGAGAACGGUACGUCGCCAGCCUCGAGGACAAGGCUCGCAGCUACGACAGACUGGAGGCCGCAUAUAACGAGCUUCAGAGAGAAAAUCACCGGGUGCAGGAUCGUCUGGAUAAACUCUACACUGAGAACGCCACCUUGCGCGCCGAACUGUCAUCAGGUGCCCCUAUACUGACAUCGCUGCCAAGACCUAUGCCAGGGCCUCUCGCGCCAACUGCGCUUGGAAGUUCUGUUCAUCGCCAGAGCACAAUGCCGGCUAUGACGCCAGAACAAGACUAUCAACACACACACCAAAAUCAGCACUAUCAGCAGCAACAGCAGCAGUACGCGUACACUCAGCAACAAAGCGCACAUCCCGAGGCCGCGCUGCAUGUGUAUGGCCAGAUGCAUGGUGCCCAUCGAUUGUCACCACUUCAUUCCACAACGGCCCCUUCAACCCUUCCGCCUGUGAACCACAGCCACAUGCGACCAUCUGGGCCCUCAGCUGCAGCGCCCACUGCUGCGCUGGGGGCACACAUGUACCUCAAUCAGCAGCAGCGGCAGCAAAGCCCUGGCAUUGCAUACCAAUAUCAGCAGCGUUUAAUGUCACACCCACAGGACCAAAAGCCAAGACAAGAGCGAUCGCUGCCUCACCCAGAUCCGCGCUCGUCACCGCAUCACACGGGGACACCGGGUCCAGCAAUGGCCCGGGUCACGCUUGCAGCACCGCCCAAUUAUUCGCCCGAUGGGUUUGCUAUGCGUUCUGAACAAGGUCAGUCAAAUCCUGCCGCAUUUGCCAACCCCAUUGAGCGGUAUUCACCGCUGUCUGGAAUACGGGACAGUGGUCCUGCAUUAGAAACCUCGACGCCAGGCACCAGGGUCUCUUCGUACAUAAAUUCUACGAGGAUCGAGGCGGCAGGUACUGGUCCAUUAAUGCCUUCUACUACUAAUGCCAACUCUGCACAAAUCCUUCCAUCGGUGCGGGAAAUAACUCGGUCAAUUGGCGAAAUGCUGCCUGGGAGUCCGCAGCUGGAUUCGGCUCAGCCGUCAUCUAGCCAAUUCCAACGGGAUGGCGUUAGCUCUGGAGGUCAGGCGGAAGAGCACGUCGAAUCAAAACGGUGGCCGUGGUGA